AUGUCGCAGAUCCGAUCGGUGCUGAUCGCGCAGCAAGAAUCACUCAUUCAGACGCUCUUCGCCACUAUGCUCGCGAUGUUUGGCAUCGUCCACGACGACGAUAAAGACGCCGACAACAGCGACGACGAGUUCGAUACUUUCGAGCAGUGA